AUGACAGCUACUCAAUCAUCUACAUCACUUAUUAGUGUAAAACAAUCAAAUUCACCAACAUUAUAUUCGACAACAUCAAUGUCAACAUCACAUCAUCCAGUUAUCGAUCAAUCAUUAUCAGCACCUUUAAUACAUCGAAAAAUGAAUUUCUAUGAUGAUACAAAUGAUUCUCAACAACAUCAUCGUUUGAUGUUAACCACAUCACAAUCAAAAGAAUCUCCAUCACGUGGUAUUUCACCGCGUAUAAAUCGUAAUAAAUCACCAGCAACUAAUAUCUAUAAUCCUUCAUCAAUUGAAAAACUAUAG